AUGUUUGUUCUUGUUUCUUUGAAGGAUACUGUUGUAAUUAAGCCUAAUUACAUCGGUUCAGAUAUGAAAGAAAUAAUGGAGCAGGAGCUUAAUUCUCGUUUCUGCAGCAAAGUUAUUUACAAAGUUGGUCUGUGCAUUUCUUUAUGGGACAUUUUGAAAGUUGAAGAAAGCUUUAUAUCAGAUGUCGAUGGUGCCUAUUAUACUACAGUGAGCUUUCGAAUUGUUUGCUUUCGUCCGUUUAUUGAUGAAAUUCUUAUUGGAAUUGUAAAAUCUCUCUCCAAAGCUGGCUUACGUGUGUCACUGAAUUUUUUUGAUGAUGUAUUUAUACCUGCAGAAAAACUACGCUCACCUUCAAGAUACGACUAUGAACAAAAUGCAUGGAUAUGGGAGUAUGCGUACGAAGGUGAAGCAGCUGAAUUGCGCAUUGACAAACAUGAUACGAUUCGAUUUCGUGUAGUUGAAGAAGUUUGGUCUGAUCCAAACCCAGAUAGUGACAAAACUAGCAUUUCAACUUCUAAUGACCCAUUAGAGUGCGGUGAUGGUAAUCCAGACUCUUUAAUUGAACCCAAAGCCCCCUAUACAAUAAUCGUGAGUUUAUUUCUCCGGUAUUUCUGCAAUUGUCAUUUCUGUUAUCACGAUUUUUUGUCUGUGAAAGUAUUUAUUAUCCUAGCUACUAUCAACCAUCUAAGUUACAUGGUUAAAAAUGAAUAA